AGGUGGUCACUGUCGGUACCAGGUGCAUGUUCUCGCUUCGAUGGUCUUCAAUGCAACAUUUCAAUGGUCAUUUCGAGAGUUUAGCCAAACAACAUCAAAACCAUUUUCACUCAUUUCGAAAAUCUUGAAAAAAGGUUUUUAAGAAGAUCAGGGGUCAAGGCACAUCAGAGCGCAUGGCAUGGCCUGUAAGGUCACUGGCCCAAAUCGGCACCUCACUUCAGUUCUCGAAAUGUCAUCGUUCGUGUACUGGCCUCGAUCGCGACAACAAGCUCACAAUUUUCCGAUGCAAGCUGUAGAGCAGAAGUUGGCUGAUGCAACACGAACUCUUCAUGCAAAGUCAUCUCUUCAACCAUCACUCUCAAUUGAAACUCCAAAAAGCAAGGAAAAUGAUGAAUCUGGAUGCGAGAGUUCAAAUUGCAUGUUUCAUCCGCAUACGAUCAAAUCGGAACCAAAUUUUUGUUUUGCUCGGGAGUUUAAGUCAGUUCCCGAUGAUUUUCGUAUAGGCGGCGGAGAUCUUCAAAUGGGAAACAAUUCCAAAAGAUUGACAUGUGUUAUUGAUACAAAUCGAGUCGAUAUGGCCGGAAUUCUUCCUGAUAAUAUGAGCUUCCGGGGACUUCCCGAAAACAAAUCUCUUCUGGUAUCAGCGCAGAUAGAAGUAAUACCAUGUAAAGUGUGCGGUGACAAGUCGUCUGGCGUUCACUAUGGAGUUAUCACAUGUGAAGGCUGCAAGGGCUUUUUCCGACGCAGUCAAUCAUCCAUCGUCAAUUAUCAGUGUCCGAGACAGAAGAAUUGUGUUGUUGAUAGAGUGAAUCGAAAUCGAUGCCAAUACUGCCGUCUCAAAAAGUGUAUUGAGUUAGGAAUGUCACGGGAUGCAGUUAAAUUUGGACGAAUGUCAAAAAAGCAACGAGAAAAAGUAGAAGAUGAGGUUCGAAUGCAUAAAGAAUUAGCUGCAAAUGGUCUUGGAUACCAAGCAAUUUACGGCGACUAUUCCCCUCCACCAUCCCAUCCCAGUUAUUGCUUUGAUCAAAGUAUGUACGGUCAUUAUCCAUCUGGAACUUCAACACCUGUUAACGGAUAUUCUAUAGCUGUUGCUGCGACUCCUACGACUCCAAUGCCACAGAACAUGUACGGAGCAACACCAUCAUCUACAAAUGGCACACAAUAUGUUGCACAUCAAGCCACUGGAGGAAGCUUCCCAUCGCCACAAGUUCCAGAAGAAGACGUUGCCACUCGCGUUAUCAGAGCUUUCAAUCAGCAGCACAGUUCCUAUACAACACAACAUGGAGUUUGUAACGUGGAUCCUGAUUGUAUUCCUCAUUUGAGUCGAGCUGGUGGUUGGGAGCUCUUCGCUAGGGAGCUCAAUCCGCUUAUUCAAGCAAUUAUUGAGUUUGCCAAAAGUAUUGAUGGAUUUAUGAAUCUUCCGCAAGAAACACAGAUUCAAUUGCUGAAGGGAAGCGUUUUUGAGUUAUCACUCGUUUUUGCUGCUAUGUAUUACAAUGUAGACGCGCAGGCAGUGUGCGGUGAAAGGUAUUCUGUUCCAUUUGCAUGCUUGAUUGCCGAAGAUGAUGCCGAGAUGCAAUUGAUCGUUGAAGUUAAUAACACUCUUCAAGAAAUUGUUCAUUUACAACCGCAUCAAUCCGAAUUAGCUCUUCUUGCCGCUGGACUUAUUCUGGAGCAAGUGUCUUCUUCUCAUGGAAUUGGGAUUCUUGACACUGCGACGAUUGCCACUGCAGAAACACUGAAGAACGCGUUGUACCAAAGUGUCAUGCCAAGAAUUGGAUGCAUGGAAGACACGAUUCACCGAAUUCAAGAUGUUGAGACAAGAAUCAGACAAACAGCUCGUUUGCAUCAAGAGGCUCUUCAAAACUUCCGAAUGUCUGAUCCAACAUCAUCUGAAAAGCUUCCUGCCCUCUACAAAGAGCUAUUCACUGCAGAUCGGCCUUGACUGAAUCCAUAUAUCAUCAAUAGUUUUAUCCAUGCUCUCCUUCCCUAUCCCCGUCCAUGAAUCUCGUUUCCUCCGGUUAUUUGUACAAUAAGAGUAGACCAAAGCGCCGUUUGAACCCAACGACACCAUUUUCUUUCCUUCUGUGAUUUCCUUUCCCGACAUUCCCCCCAAAACCCCAGUCGUUUCCAUGUUUUAUCAGAAAAUUAAUAGAAAAAUAAUUGUAGUCGUCUGUUGCAGGAGAGUUCCUCAUUCUUUCUCUCCUUUUCCUGUUUUUAA